UUAGCGGCGUGGUGCCUCGACCGCGAGUGUCGGUGUUCGCGGUUACGUGUCGCGGUGCUUCGUGUAGUUACGGUGUCCCGGUCCACGUCGCCGUCGUCGCCGUCAUCGUCGCCGUCGUCGUCGUCGUCGUCGUCGCUGCCACCGCCGUCGUCGUCGCCGUCGCCGUCGUCGUUGUACUACUCCACAUCGUCCUCACCGCCGUCUCCACCACCACCAUCAUCGUCGCCGCUGUCUCGAGAUCAUCACCGUCUCUCGCUCUCCAACUACUGUCCGUAAAAUCGUGGUGUAGUGCCGCGCGCUCGCGAGAAGGACUCGCUCCGCUUCGACUCGUGGCCAACUUCAUUCCUGUCAAGCAACAGAAUCGAGUUGUCGCCAUCGCCAUCUAAAAUCGGCCAUCGUUGUCAUCGUGCGGCUCGCGCGUGGUCCCGUCGUGGUCCAGCGAUCCCGAAGCGAGCCCGCGAGCUCGCUAGGAGAGAGCCCGACGAGGGAUCACCCCCUCCCCCCCUCUUCUCUCUUCUAUCUCUCCGCUCCCCGCCGCUCGUCGAUACUCGCGUGCACCCGCGAGUGCACGGUCGCGCCUACCCUCUCCCCCCUUCCCCCCGGGGUGCGAGAAGGGGACCGCCCUGAGAAGGAGGACCGAGGGAGUAAAGAGAUCUCGUUCGAGAGAGCGAGAGCGAGAGAAAGAGAGAGAAAAAGAGUAGUGUCGUCUCUCCCCUUUUCUCCCCCCUUUUCCCUCCCGCGCGUGUUCGCGUCGGUGGCUCCGUCAAGAACGCCCGUGAACAGUUCCUAGGCACCGAUGUGCCGCGCUGUGCGAUAACUUCCGUCACCUCUCCGCCACCCUCCCUCCCUCCCCCCGUCCGACCGACCGAUCGA